AACUAAAUAGAAGUUCGAUUACAAUCACAAACAUCAAAUGCUGUUCGACAUUAUUCCACGAAAAUUCCUCAUCUAUCAACAAAAUCAAUAUCAUCAACAUUAUUAUCAUCAACAACAUCAUGUCGUCAUUAUACGACACAUCAUCAAAUAGUUAAAUAUACGGGUACAUUAGAUACAUUAUCUAAAAUCGUUCGAAUUGAAGGAUUUCGUGUACUAUGGUCGGGUUUAACACCAGCUUUAUGUGCGUCAAUACCAACAGUUAUUAUUUAUUUUACAUCAUAUAUGAAAGCUAAACAAUUACUUGGAUAUAAUGAACGAAGUCCUAAUCCAAUAUUACCAGUUAUUGCCGGUGCAUGUUCACGUAUUGUUGCUGUAACAGCUGUUUCACCAUUUGAAUUAAUUCGAACUAAAAUGCAAUCAGAAAAAGUUCCAAAUAGACAAUUAUUUCAUUUAUUUCGUACAUCUUUAGCAGAAGAAGGACCACGUGUUCUAUGGAAAGGUUUAUUACCUACAAUAUGGCGUGAUAUACCAUUUUCAAUGAUCUAUUGGUUUAAUUAUGAAACAUUUAGAGCUUAUGCUGUUCGAUCGAAUAGAACUGUUGAUGCAUAUACAACAUUUUUUUGUGGUGCAUUAGCUGGCAGUAUAGCAGCAACAUUAACAACACCUGCAGAUGUAGUGAAAACAUUUCGACAAAUUGAACUUGGACGAAGUAAAUAUUCAUCAGUUGAUGGAUGUAAUUGUUCAUCAAAACGUAUCAAUCAAUCAACAAGAACUCUUUCAAUUUUAUUACAUAUACUUCAAGUUGAAGGUCCAAAAGGUUUAUUUGCAGGACUUGUACCACGAUUACUUAAAGUCGCUCCUGCAUGCGCAAUAAUGAUUACAAGUUUUGAAACAUUAAGAACAUUUUUUCAACGUAUGAAUGCUGCGAGUUUUUAA